AUGACGAAUACGAAUUCUAAUCGUUUUAAUAACGACCAAGUUUGUGAACUUCGAGAAGCCAAUCAUAGUCCAAUCUAUGGUUAUCAACAUUUACCAAUCUUAACAUUGGAAAAAUCUAUAGAAAAACUCCUUCCAAUUGUUCCUGGUCUUGGAAACUAUGUAAUACAAGCAAAAGAAAAUUGUAGAAAGACAUCAACUAAUCUAACAUUAGAUGAAUCGGCAUCUAUAUAUCUUUAUACAAUGCAAAUUUCAUUUUUUUCUAAAUUAAAUAAAGAUUUACGAGCUAAAAAUCGAAAUGCUUUAAAACCAUGGUUUUCUUAUUUAAAAUUAUUAAUAACAGCAUUAGAAAAAUUACCAUCACUUGAAAUUACAAUUUGGAGAGGUGUUAAUGAUGAUGUUAGUUCAUCUUUUAUUAAUAAUGAUGAAGAAAUUUGGUGGGGUAUUAAUUCAUGUUCUAAAGAUCCUAAUAUUGUUGGUAUAUAUGUUGGUCCAAAAGGUACUAUAUUUGCUAUAAAUGCUAUUCAAGGUAAAGAUAUUUCAGAAUAUUCAGCAGUUAAAGAUGAAGAAGAAGUUGUUCUUAUGCCUGGUACUCGUUUAUUUGUUCGUUACAAACCAAUGAAUUUUGAAAAUUGUCUUUUAAUUAUUCAUUUACAUGAAGAACCAAAACUUAGAUUAACAACAGUUGAAAAUCACCGAAAAAUUGCAUUGGUGAUUGGAAAUAAUAAAUAUCAAACAAAAUAUUUAACAUAUUGUGUCAAUGAUGCAAUAGAUUUAAGCAUAACAUUAGAAAAUAUGGGAUUUCUUGUUAUAACAAAAUUUAACGUUAAUUAUGAAAUAAUGGAUAAAGAAAUACGGAAUUUUACUGAAUCAAUUCAAUCGAAUGAUAUUGUUUUGUUUUUCUUUUCUGGUCAUGGUUUACAAAGCGAAAAUGAAAACUAUUUAGUUCCAUGUGAUGAAGAUUUAGAAUAUCAAACAAUUAGUUUACAAUAUAUUCUUGAACAAAUGACUUUAAAAGAUCCAUUAACAAUUAUUUAUUUACUUGAUUGUUCCAGAGAAUAUUUCUUACAAAAUAGAUCUUUAUUACAAGGAAUGACAAAUAUGAAAGCAUUAUCUAAUUCAAUUAUUAUUUCUGCUUGUGCUCCUAAUACAAUAGCAAAAGACCAAUCAAUAAAUGAUAGAAAUGGAGUUUUUACUUAUUAUUUAGUACAAAAUAUUAUAAAACCUGCAGAAAAUAUACUUCUUAUGUUAACUAAUGUUACAAAUGGAGUUGCAAACGAAACAAAUAAUAGACAAAUACCAUAUGUAACAAGUGAUUUAAAAAGAAAAGACAUUUAUUUAGUAUCAUCUGAAUGGAAAAAUUCAAUUAACUCAUCAUUAAAUCAUAUUCCAUUAAUAAAAUCGGGAAAACAAUUUGGUGGAACAGGUGGUCAUACUUUUGAUGAUUAUAUAGAAAAUAAUUUAACAUAUUCACACUAUCUUCGUGGAAUGAUUACAGGAUGUAAAGCUUUACCAUUAGAUUGGUGUCAAUUUUGUUAUUCUUCUUCGAAUGAUAACUGUCAAAUGAUAAUUCAAACAGAUAUGCAAGGAACAUGUGAGACAGAUGAUGAUAUUGAACGAUUUAUUAUUAAUCAGAAUGAAAGAAUUAAUAAAAUUCAAGUUGUUAUUGAUUAUGUAAUCCUUUUAGUUGGUGAUAUUAGAAAAUUAGUUCCUUUAAUAAGAGGAAUCAGAUUUUUUACGACAAAUGGACAAUCAAGUCAAUCAAUUGAUCAUCUUGAAGGGGAUUCAUAUACUGAAGAAUUUUAUGGUUACUUUGUUGGUUAUAUUACAGGAAGAUCGGGUUUACUUAUUGAUCAAUUACAAUUUCAUUGGUUUCGAAAUAACUCAUAG